UGUCGUAUGACGUGUUUCAUCGCAUUGUUAUUAAACCGCCACCCUAACCUUAAAUAUCAAUCAAUGUUUUAAUUUUGCUAAUACGUCUGCAUUUCGAAAUGCAGUUUCAUAGUUUAUUAGAAAUUAACGUUGACAAGUUAUUUGAAACUCAUACUAUUUCUGAAGUUCAAGAAGUUCGUAAGAAAUUACAGUCUGAAGUUGAAAAAAAGAAAGAAGAUUUACGAGUUAUUGUCGGGGAGCGGUACAGGGACCUGAUAGAUGCUGCGGACACCAUCACGGAGAUGAAGGAAACGGUGGCGGGAGUCGCUCUGCACCAGACAAGGAUGACGGACCAGCUGCAGCAUCUGCAGCAGAGACAGCUGUUUGGUUUCAGGGCAGCCGGAAAGAGCAGCUCCACACCAGAGAGGCUGGCGAGGAACAAGUUCUUCUGUGCGGUUGCAGCUCAGGUGAAGAUCCUGGUGGACAUCCCAGACCAAAUCUGGACAGCGAUGGAGCAGCGUGACUACCUCAUGGGAGCUCAGCUGUUUCUCCUGGCCCGCCACGUCAGCACAGGCCUCCAGCUGGAAGGUGGUGCCUCAGAGGGACUACUGAUUGUCGAGCAAAUGCCUUUGAUCCUCCAGCAGUGGGACACCAUUGGCCAGUUCCGCACAGCCAUCCUAGAUGGCUGCCAGCACAGUCUUCAGUCCCACAGCCUGUCACCAGAGGAGGCGGCCAGCUGCAUGAGCGCAGUGGUGCUGCUGGAGGGCCUCGGCUCGCUGGAGCUGCUGGACAGGUUCCUGGAGCUGCGCGGGGACUCCCUGGAGAAGGUGCUGCAGUUCGACCGCGAGGCCAGCGUCAAGGCAUCGCUGGCCUCCGCCCUGGAGCUGUUGGUGCACACCAUCCUGCUGCUGCAUGCCUGCUUCUGCGACGGCAGCGACGACACGCAGGGCCUGGUGUGGGGGAAACUGAAGAGCAUCGUAGGAAGGGAUGCCCUUCCUUCCGUCUCCCUGGUCAGCCUCAAGGAUUUGGCUGUUGCCAGGUUUCUGCCGCCAGUUGUCAGAGAGUACAGGCCGUCCUGCAGCGCGCCACUGCAGCCCGUAUCCCCCGGGGACAUGCGGGGCCGGGCGACCGCGUGGCUGGAGCGCGUGGGCGGCCGGGUGGGGCGGCAGGCGGCCGCCCUGCUGGGCCUCGUGGGGACGCUACGAGGCCUGCGCGGCGUGCGGGAGGCCGCCGUCGCCGUGGCCCCCGCGAGGGCAGGCUGGGACGAGGCCUGCCGUCGGCUGAUGGUGCCCCCGGGGCUGGACCCCUGGAGGGAGUACUUCGCCCCGCUGGUGACGGCCCACGCCAAGACCCUCGUCGCCGGCAAGUGGGCCGAGGCCGUGGCACAGCUGGAGGAGAUGCUGGUUGCCGCAGUGCGGGACGCCGCCCCUGAGAGGUGCAGCCAGCCAGAGCACGACCUGCGAUGGUUCGUGUGGAAGGAGUGGGCGACAGACUUGCCUCGGGACCCGUCUAGCAACCGAGGCCUGCUGAUGAAGGUGGUGGGCUUCACGCCCAGCGUGGAGAAGCUGUGCUCGGCCCUGGAUGCCUGCCUGGAGAGCCUGAUCCAGGACCUGCAGUUCUACCUGAGCCCCGAGCCCGAGCACGAGCAAGACUCGGCAGAGCUGAGACUCCAUCUCCAGCAGUGCAGCGACGCCAGUGUCCGCAGGCUGGUGCAGUUCGUGGAGUCUCGGUUGGUGUCCUCGGAGGACGAGGGUAGCACGGUACUGGCUGCUCGCUUCCUGCAGGCCCUCACCAGCCUGUGCCCCAGCCUGCACAAGUGUCUGGUGCCAGCCGCCUUCCACAGGGAAGGCACGGGCGCCUGGCAGGAGCUGAGCGGGUGGCUGCGGCAGCGCAGCCUGGCAUGCUGGCAGGCCUGGAGCGCCCUGGUGCAAGCCGAGCUGCGCGACGCGACGCUCGACCUCCUGGGCCCGCUGCUGGACUCGGCCCCGCGCCGGCUCGAGGCCAGCGUGCGGGAAGAGCUGGAGGAGGGCCGCGCCGUCAGCUCCGUGAUCCGCGUGCCCGCGCAGCCGUCCCUGGCGCUGCAGGCGGCGCUGUGGGGGGCCGCCCGGAGGCUGGGGCGGGCGUGCCCCCACGCCGUGCCACUACCCGCGCUGCGAGGGGCGGUGCGGGGCCUGCUGGCCUGCGUGCUCGGCCACUACCGCGCCUGCCUGGACGAGGGCCGCGUGCUCGCGCAGGUCCAAGCCCUGCAGCUGCUGCUGGACGUGCGCUACUUGGCCGUGCUGCUGCUGCCGCGCGACGACAAGGAACUAACUUUGAAACUGCAAGAAAUAAGUGAGAGAUUGGAAGAGAAGAUUGAUCCAUUCGACAUGAAUGUUUUCAGUUCGUACUUGCAAGCCAACAUAAAAGCUAGCGUCCAAAGGAGUCAGUCUCUCCUGGGUGUGCUGGUGGCGUGGUCCGAGAAGACGCUGCCCGCGCCUGUGCCCGCGCCGAGCCACGACGCUGGCAGCCAAGGGACGGACCCCAGUGUGGUGCCGCUGUGCUCUGGGGCUCCGUGGUUCCCGCUGCUGCCCCUGGCGGGACCCCCUGCCGCCGCCCACCUCCCCGCCGUCACGCCCGACAAACCCCAGCCCAAGAAACUAACCAGCACAAAGUCGAAAGUUGAGGCUUCCCCCGGGGACAUCAUGAGAUCCAGUGCAGCAGCGUUUUUCGGAGCCAUGAGCUCGGAGUGGUUUGGCUCCAGCUAACAUAACGUGUGAGUGCUCGAGCAAUCACCCACGCAGUGUCUGGUUCUACAGGAUGGACAGCUCAGAAGCCAAAGCAAACUAAACAUUUAUUGCAGUAACAAAAUUUUGUUUUUGUCAGUGUCAGUUUUUCAACGUUUGUAAAUAAUAAAAGGAAUAUAUUUAUUUAUAAAAUUAUUGUUUGAUUAAAUGUAACAAAAAUAAGUAGUUUUAUUUUUAAUCCAUAGUAGAAA